UUCUGUAUCAGGUGGAUUUUUUUACCUUCAUCCUUGAUGAAUCUGCUCCACCGUAACAGUGACGAAGACCUUCUGUGUUUUCUUGGAGCAUGGAUGUGUCUGAAGGGAGACCGGCUGGGCUCUGGUGUUUUUCCAGCUUCAUGUGAAGAACAUAGAUCCGGGCCCUCAGGGGCCCGACACGCUCAGAUGUUGUUUGGUGUCACAACAGUCCCAGUCAGAGGGUGAUGUUGGUUUUUAAAAACUCCAUAAUGUUUCAUGUAAAUAUAGCAGAUCUUGGUUUUCUGACACAUUUUGUUGCUUAAAACUCCCAGAGCGCUGUGGUGACCUUCCUGGGAUGGUUCUGAAGUUCUGAAUCAUAUUUUAAUACAGCGAUGUGAAACCUGUGACUGAAAACAGCCGACAGGAAGGCGGGUCCGGCCAGACACUCCUUCUGGUUCCUGCUGUGUUUGGACAGAUCCGACUGAAGACAAGAACCUGGUCAUGGGGAACAGGACCGUCACCUGUGGGGUUCUGCUGGUGGUUCUGCUGGUGGUUCCAACAGCCACAGGAAGCAGUGCGCAGCUAAACAUUUGUGGCGAGGCGCCUCUCAGCACCAAGGCUGAGGCGAGGAUCGUUGGAGGCCAGGACGCCGCUGCAGGAUCCUGGCCGUGGCAGGUCAGCCUGCACACACGCAGACAUUUCUGCGGAGGAUCUCUGAUCAACGACCAGUGGGUUCUGACCGCUGCUCAGUGUUUCCCCAGCCCAGACGCUUCAGAUGUGAGUGUUUACAUGGGACGGCACACCCAGGAGGGUCCAAAUGCUCACGAGGAGGCCCGCUCGGUGAUGCUGGUCAUCAAACAUCCCAGCUACGAUGACGAGACUAAAGAUGGAGACCUGGCUCUGCUGAAGCUGUCCUCCCCUGUGAACUUCACCGACUACAUCAGGCCGGUCUGCCUGGCAGCAGAAGAAAGCUUCUUCCCAGACGGUCUGAGAGUCUGGGUCACCGGGUGGGGAGACGUCCUGUCUGGAGCUUAUCUUCCAUCUCCUGAGACGCUGCAGGAAGUCAACCUUCCCAUUGUCUCCAACAUCGAGUGUGCUGCAGCGUACGGCUUCAUCACAACCAACAUGAUCUGUGCCGGCCCUAAUUUCAGAGGAAAGGGCUUCUGUGACAAAGACGCCGGCGGUCCAUUGGUGACGCUAGACGGCACCAGGUGGGUUCAGGCCGGAGUGGUGAGCUAUGCGAGGGGCUGUGGUUAUCCAAAGUUCCCAGGAGUCUACACCCGGGUGUCCAAAUACCAGUCCUGGAUCAACAGCCAGAUCCUGAAGGACCAGCCCGGCUACAUCACCUUCUACAGGGCGUCCACCAGAACCGUCCACUCCGCGUCCUCGGCUAUGCUUGUUCUGCCCGUCCUCAUCUUCUCUGUCCUCCAGGACUGAACUGCUGUCUGCAGGGAAAGCUUUGCUCCUGCAGCCAAAAGUUGCAGCUGAUUUAUGUCUAAAGUAGUUUAUUGAGGUUUUCAUUUCAAGCUUUAUUCUGCAGCUCACAGACUAACACUAAAACACACAUG